GCAGGGAAGACGACGAACCGGUAAACAGCUCGAAGCGAAGCGGUUCAGUGUCGGACAGCAUAGUGUCUGUUCUCACUCUCAGCUCUGCGGACUGACUCUUUCGGCUUCCUCGUUUCCGGACUGGACCUGUCCGUGGUGCUGAAACAUGAACCAAAGCGCGGGAGCAGUGCAGCACACUCGGAGAUACUCAGUGGAGGGAAAGAACGUAGGACCCAUUGGAACAGACAGAAACUGGAAAGGCAUUGGCAUCUCUCUGCUGGUUAUUGCGGUGGUGCUCUCAUUCAUUGGACUGUCCAUUAUUCUGCUGUCAAAAGAUGAUGGUGGUAAACCCUUCGGUACACCUUUGACAUUGGACGACCUCUUUGAGAGAAACUUCCAGAUACACGAUCCUGAGGCAAAAUGGAUCAGCGAGGAAGAAAUCAUCUUUCAGAGCUGGGAUGGAGACGUUUUCAAAGUGAACACACGCAACAACGAGACAGACCUUCUGCUGAAGAACACAAUAUUUGCGACUUUUAAGGCCUCAAAGUUCGCAGUUUCUCCGGAUCUGAAUUUUGUUCUUUUGGGAUAUGAUGUCAAGCAGGUCUACCAGCACUCUUUCUCUGCAUCAUACCUGCUCUAUAAUCUAUACACAAGGGAGGUGCGGGAGCUCAAUCCUCCAGAGGUGUCUGACUCGGUCCUCCAGUUUGCUUCGUGGGGUAUUCGGGGUCAGCAGCUGGUGUACAUAUUUGAAAACAACAUCUACUACCAAAUGGACGUGCAGAGCAGCUCGUGGAGGCUCACAUCAUCUGGGGAGGAGGGGAUCAUCUUCAAUGGCAUCUCAGACUGGCUUUAUGAAGAGAUGGUGCUGCACACUCAGGUGGCCCACUGGUGGUCACCCGACGGCUCCAGACUGGCUUACCUCACCAUCAACGACUCCCUGGUCCCUACCAUGCUCCUGCCCCGCUUCACAGGUUCCCUUUACCCUAGAGGGAAGCAGUAUCCUUACCCGAAGAUGGGACAAAUCAAUCCUGCUGUCAGACUCUAUGUCGUCACUCUGGAUGGCAGCGCCCUCACAACUGAACUGAAACCUCCCGACAGUUUUGAGAAAAGUGACUUCUACAUCACCAUGGUGAAGUGGGUGACAAAGGAGAGGCUGAGUGUGCGUUGGGUGAAUCGAGCUCAAAACAUGUCUAUUCUUUCUCUGUGUGAUGCAAUACAAGGCAACUGCACAAAGAAACAUGUGAUGACGUCAGACAAGUGGCUGGAUCAUCAGAAGGAAGAGCCGGUGUUUUCCAAGGACUGCACAACGUUCUUCAUGACUAUGCCCUUAAAGCACGGCAGCAGCGGGACAUUCAACCACAUCACUAUGAUCUCCAACCAAUCGGACAGUCAAGAGGUAAACAUACGACACCUGACCUCAGGAAGCUGGGAAGUCUCUCAAAUUCUGGGUUAUGAUGAGGGCACAAACUCAGUUUAUUUCCUGAGUACAGAGAAAGGAGCAACUCGACGUCACUUGUGCAGGGUCUCUAGUGUGGAUCCGUUUCAUAAAGAAUGCCUGACCUGCUCCCUGUUUAAACCAAUGUGCUCCUACUAUGAUGCUGUGCUCAGCCCCAGCUAUCAGCACGUUCUUCUCAACUGCAGAGGCCCCGGAGUUCCUCAAACGACUCUCCACAAACUGCAUAAUAUGAACGAGCACAAGAUUCUGGAAAAUAACCAAGAAUUAAGAAACGUGCUGAUGAACAGGACGAUGCCCAAGUGGGAAAGAAGAACUAUAGAAAUCAACAAGUUUGAACUUCGCCUGGAGUUAAAUGUCCCGAUAGAUUUUGAUGAAACAAAGGAGUACCCGCUCUUACUCGUUCUUGACAGCGCCCCCGGUGGUCAGGCUGUGAGUGACCGUUUCUCCCUGAGCUGGGACUCGGUUCUGGUCAGUUCUAACGACGUCAUCGUGGCCCGUCUGGACGGGCGGGGAAGCGGCCUCCAGGGUCAGGGGAUCCUGCACGAGGUUUACCAGAGACUGGGAACCGUCGACGUAUACGAUCAGCUCACAGCAGUCCAGCAUCUGGUCCAGCUGCCCUACAUUGAUGUCAACAGAGUUGGAGUUUAUGGAAAGGCAUAUGGAGGCUUCUUGUCCACGCUCCUGGUCCUUUCCCACAGCUCUGUGUUCAGGUGUGGGAUUGCUGCUGCUCCUAUAACAAACUGGAGACUCUAUGGUUCAGCCUUCAGUGAGAAAUACUUUGGCUAUCCAGCAAAAGAGGACCACAAAUACCAGAUUUCCAGUCUGCUCAGCAACAUCACAGGACCUGCAAGUCCACUGAACUUUCUUAUUAUCCACGGCACGGCAGACGCCACUGUUCAUUUCCAGCAUUCUGCUGAGUUGGUCAAACUGCUGUCUGCUUCAAGUGUUAACUACAGUCUCCAGAUAUUCCCAGAUGAUGGACACAACAUUAUCUCAGUAAAGAGCCAAUACUACUUUCUAAGCUCAGUGCUGAACUUUUUCAGGCGCUGCUUUGAGGAGGCGUAUAUUGUCACCAAAGAAGAUGAUUAGCUCCACGUAAGCUCCCGCUUAUGUGCAGAGUGCACUGGAGCAACUGCUGUGAUGAGCCAACAAUGAGAGGCUGUGUUUCCCCAAACAGCUGCUGUCUGUUAAAAAAGAUUAGUAAACCCCCCACAGGCCUACAGUAUGUAAGACAGGUCCCUCUAUUUGCUGGGAUGCAAAGAAAUUUAGCGUGGUGGUCCUAAGAAUGUGAGGCUGAAGAAGGAGAUAUUAUAAUCUUAAAGUAGAAGUUCCUGUUUUGAAUGUUUGUACCAUGUAUUGCAUACAAAUGUCAGGGAAUCAAGGAAACUUGUAUUUUUUUGUAUUUUUGCUGUAAUUACUGUGAAUUCAUAUGAAUAUUCCAACCAAACCACAUCAUCAUUAUCAGAUCGCAUCACCAAACAGCUCCUGCAGGUGCCUUUACCUCAUUAUAGUCAUCGUUAGUUUCUGAGCUUAGAGCAAACAUAGCAAUAAAAUAAAUAUCAUAUUACAGUGAGCAUGUGGGGGUCAAGGAGCGUGAGAGCGUCUGCAUCUUUAAAAGUAGCCAUAUGAUAAAAAACACGCUCUUUAAAUCAGGUAGAGAAAACCUUUAAUAUGACAGUUUGAAAGAGGAGGUUACUGUGAGUUUUUGUUCUUGUUGUGUUUUGUAUUUUCUUUGUUAUAAUGAACUUGUGUAUAUCUAAGAUAAAUCUGCUAUUCGGACACAGACUGCUGUGGUACAUGUUGCUAAACUUUAUAGAAAUUGUUUCAGAAGAAUACGAUUAACACAUUUAGUAAUCUAUAUUUGUAGAAACAGAUGAAUGAGUCAUUACUGUUUCAGAAAGUGUUUAAAAUCCCAAAAAUGUGAAAAGGAAUUAAAAUGGAGGAACUUCAUGUGUAAGAUAAGCGGUCUAUGUUGUACGCUGCGCUUUGGCCACAGUGAGACUCCUGUAAUAAAUAUUGUGUCCUUCCUGGAGUAGCAAACUGAUUUUUUUUACCACAGCUCUGUGCUGCUCACACUUCUGCACUUGCCUGACAAACUGCAUUUCAUGUAUACCGUACCAUAUAUUCUGCCCUCUGUAGGUGACAUUUGUAUACUUUGGAACAUUUGUACGCUCAAAU